AUGCUUCGUGCAAUUGAGGAUUUCAAUUAUUUUGUUGGCGAAAUAGAAUGGUGUCGUACAAAAUGUGCUAAAAUUUUAGACACAAAAAAAUUCAAAGAGAUGUCACUGGACGAUGAAGAGCUGUUUGGCAUUGAAUAUAUGUACGGUAAUGCUCAACGAGCUUUAUGCUUAUUCCGCUGUAAAAGCGAUCGUUUUACCGCUGAACGACCACCGCUGACAAAUCCGUCAGUGAUGGACGAAUUUCAGAAUCGAAAACCAUAUCAGUAUUUGCAGUUCUGUUAUUGGAAAGUCAACGACUUAGUGUUGGCUACACAAAGUGCUUAUACAUACUUGAUUGCAAAUCCAACUGAUUCAGACGCCUUGGAAAAUGUUGCAUUUUAUAUGGAACAAAAAAAUUUCAAAGAUUCUAUGUUGGUGGAUGCAAUGCGAAAGCCAUAUGAAGAGAAAUACAUGAGAGGCGUGGCUGCUUACAACGAAAUGGACUUCCAAAAUUGUAUCAAAGACUUAGAAUCAGCUAUUAACGAGUUCUACGAAGAAGAACAACGAUGUCGUCGAAUGUGCGAAGAUAAACUGGAUUGGGAUGUAUUUGAAGGGGCUAAUCCUGAGCUAACCAUUGUUCUGACAAGUAUCUAUACGUCUGUUUUACGAUGUAAGAAUAGUUGCGCUAAAAAGCUGUCGUUUGUUAAUGGACAUGACGAAGGGAAUUUUUUGUCUAAAAGCUAUGAAUAUCUGCAUGUGUGCCAGUAUAACUUGAAAAGGGGUCGGGAUGCGUGUCAGUCAGUGGCCAGCAGUAUUCUUUUGGAUCCGGACAAUCCUAUGAUGCGCCAGAAUAAGCACUUUUAUAUGAAACUUUAUGGCGAUGAAAAACUGUUUGAACCGUUACCACAUGUAGUUAAAUUCUAUAAACGAGAUUUGAUGGAAAACCAUUUUUUGGAUUUUGUCGAUCAACGAUUUAAAUAUGAAAAUGGAGAGUUACCACCAGAACGGAAGGAGGAUCGAACUGCAAUGAUUACAGAUGUUCCAACUGAUGAUCAUUUUGACUACAGACAACUGGAUCAAGAACUAUUAAACGAGGCUGAAUGUGGUGCCUUGAGUGUGGCAACGAUUUUUGCCAGUCAAAAGAUGACACAGUUUCAUUUAGUUAAAGAACUUCAAACACGACUAGAGCAAAGGUACGGAGUACAGUCAACAUUUGUGAAAUUAUCCUGUUCAAAGAUUGACGAAAAUUCAAAUUGUAAACAUCGUUUAAUAAUUAUUUCUUUAGACAGAUUACGAUGUGGUAGAUUUUUGAGUACAGUUGAUAUUGGAGAAUGUUUUGCAAUGUUUUGUGUUUGA